GCUUGUGAAUAGAGAGGGUGGGAGGCAGGCGAAGUGACCGGGGGAUGUGAGUUGUGGCGACUUGGGCACGACUGAUAUUUUUGGAAAGGCACUGCCUUGCAAGUGUCAUUAGCUGGGAAAGCCAGAAGAUCGUCAUCACCCAGGCACGGCCCAAAUACACAGAAAUGGCGGCCUGUGACCUCAUCUUAGAGUUUGUGGAAACUGCUUUGCACUCCAUCUUAUACCUACGGAAGCUGUAUCCGGAGGCCAUCUUCCGCAAGAGGCAGAAGUACAAGGUGCCUGUCCAGAUGUCGGUGCACAAGGAGGUAAACGAGUACAUCGCGAGCACGCUGUCGUCGCUGCGGCCCUACCUGCAGGAGCAGCUGCUGGAGGAGCUCGCAAUCGUCGUUAUCGACCCGGGCGGCCGAACGUUUGAGACCGUUACCAUCGAGCUGGCCGUCCUGGGCGGAGACGCUUACACGGUGCGCGGGGACGAGUACCUGACGCGGCUGGAGGCGACACUCAGCGGCCUGCUGCUGGGACUGUACGCCACGCUGGCCGACUGCCCGGCGCCGCCGACCGACUCCACGUUCCGCGUGCACGCGACGGUGGCGCGCUGUCGCAGCGAGACGCUGGAGCAGACGGAGGGGUUCUUGCUGACGGUGGCCGCCGCGCCGCCGCCGCCCCCCGAGGACGGCUGCCACGUGCUGCCCAUCCGCUCCGUCCGCAACGAGCUGUUCAGUGUACAGAUGGCGCUGCGGCGGCCGCCGGGGCGCGUCGGGCGCUGACCGGGCCUCGAUGCCGGGCGGCUAGCUCAGAGCGGGCGGACAGAUG